AUGAUAUUCACACUAUUAUCGACAUUGCCAGUUCUAAUCAUCACAACUGAGCUCGAUUAUGCCGAACUUGUCAAUUCGCCACACUUUGGUCGCGAAAAUGUGUGUCUUUUAGCAACAAUUCCACGUCGUACUCGAAAUUGCACACGAGACACUGAUAUAAUCGAUCGACUCCUUAAUGGGACUGGCUAUAACAAAUUCCGGAUACCGCAGGAGGAAGGAAUGACGGUAGUUGUCGAAAUCUGGAUUCAAGCAAUAACAUCGAUCGACGAGUUAACAAAUGAUUUUGAAAUGGAUAUUUAUAUAACGGAGACUUGGUUAGAUCCAGCUCUUAAUUUCCAGCAGAUGAGCCCUUGUAAAGGCAAUUUGUCAUUGAAUCAUCAAGUUCUGGAGAGGCUGUGGACACCUAAUAGCUGCUUCAUUAACAGCAAAGUGGCACAGAUUCACAAUUCACCAUUCAGGAGUGUAUUCCUAAUGCUAUUUCCAAAUGGAACCGUAAUGGUAAACUACAGGGUUCGCGUGAAGGGACCAUGUAGUCUAGACCUAUCCAAUUUUCCAUUAGAUCUUCAAAAAUGUAGUUUAAUUUAUGAGAGUUUUAAUUAUAAUCGACAAGAAGUUGAAAUGAAAUGGUCUGAUGCCGAAUACCCGGUGUUCAAUUUAUCGAAAAUUGUUCUUCCUGAUUUUGAUUUGUUCGAAAUUCAAACGGCCAGAAAACAGGAGAGUUAUCCGGCAGGAAUGUGGGACGAAUUGCAUGUCACAAUAAUUUUCGAAAGACGAUUCAUUUGGUACUUCAUGCAGGCAUAUCUUCCAACGUAUCUCACUAUUUUUAUCAGUUGGGUCUCAUUCGCAUUGGGUUCUCGAGCGAUUCCAGCCAGGACCAUGCUCGGUGUCAACAGUCUGCUCGCCAUUGUCUUUCAAUUUGGAAAUAUCAUGCGGAAUUUGCCGCGAGUUUCAUAUAUCAAAGGAAUUGACGUUUGGAUGCUCGUUUCGAUGACAUUCAUUUUUUGCUCUCUGCUAGAAUUGGCAAUUGUCGGUUUUAUGGUUCGCGAUGAGACCAUCAACAUGAAGAAGCAGUCGAAGAAGAUUCAACGAGAAGAAUCUCCACAUGGAAUAAGCUCAGAGCGUCGAUUUAUGUUCCCUGCAGGUUGCUCGGAAAUCACCAAGUCCAAGAAAUCGAUGUCAUUUUACACCAGUUCAUGUUGGACACCGGAACGUAUUGAUGCAAUAUCAAGUGUCAUGUUCCCAUUCACUUUCUUCGUCUUCAAUAUUAUUUACUGGUUUUACUAUAUACAUCGAAAGGAAAUUAUUCGCGAGAAUCUUAUUAAUCAAACCAACAAUUCUUGA